GUGUGUGUAAAGCACUCGGCUUUGUGUUGUGAUGGUACAGGAGAGCUGAAGGGGGCCCUCCUCCUGCAAGGGCUUGCCUUACUACAGGGAUCUGCAUCCCAACUGCCGGAGGAUACUUCCCCGCUCAUGCUGCGGCCGUAACCGUAUUUCCUUGGUAGUUUCUGCUUUGGCAGGAAGAGCUUGUUUUAACCUGCAGUGCUGUCAGCCACAGAGAGGUGGUGCUUGGCUUUCUGCUCCUGCUUGCUUAGCUUGAUGGGUUGUGAUUUUUUUGGUAGUCUGUGUGGAGGGCCCUGCAGAACCGCACAGGUCAGCAAAAUACCUGUAAGCUUAGGAUGUAUGGGUUUGUGGGAAUUUUGCUUUUACAUGCGAAGGGCCUGGUCCACAGUGCAAAUCAGGUGUUAGCUCUUUUUACAAGCCAGAGCGGCUCUCAGCAGCUCUGAGGAUUGCAGAGAUCUGGAGAGAUGUCAGCCCCCGUGGUGGGACCCUUCUGGCUGUCUCUGGGUUUCCAGACUUCUGGGUGACUCGUGGGGGCAGACAUAGUUGACUUUGUGAUAGGAACCCUAGGCAGAAAGUUUCAAACCUUGCUCCUUUCCCUGGUCUUGCUUAAAUGACAAGGUAUAACUAACUCACAGGACUUGUUUUUCUUGAUUUAGAAGUAUCCUAGUUAUUCCCUCUUCCUCUGAGUCCUCUCUGAGCAGCCACUUCACAUUUGGCUCUGCAAGGCAGUGCUGUGGCAGUGCUACAGGCCAUCUCAGCUGAUGGACAAACAGCCUUCGGAAAUGACAGCAGGAGAGACUUGCAUGCUGUCCCACAGCCAGUGGACACCUGUAUAGAGAGACUUAAUUACUACUGCUUAAACAGUGUUUUUCUGUCACCGGUCUCUUAAUUUUGUGUCUUCCUUCCUAUCAGGUAGGACAUGCUAUCUACAUUGCUUUUAGAGUUGAAAGGUUUAGACAGCCAGCCUGCUUUUAGGGGUAGAAAAGGAUCUGUAAAGUACAGCCCAUGGCUGACAACCCCAGGUUGCUGCUGUCACGCCGAUUUCUUCGCGGGAGGAAAAGGGGGGGAUGACUCCAAGUUCAGAGGAAGCAGGGACCUGUAGGAACCUGUUUUUUCCCUCCCAUGCAGUUGCUCAAUCAGGAUCGGAAUAGCAGCUGCCCUGCCUCUCCCUUGGGUUACCGACUUCAGCUUUACUGGCAAUUGCAACACCAUUGUAAAUGUUUAACCCUUUGCUCACCUGCCUGUGUUUCUGGGGUGCUGUGGACCUAAUGCUUCCAGUAACAAGCAGAGUGUUGUAUUCCUGAGUGACGGUGUGGUCCUGGGGACAGGGGCUCUGCCAGCACCAGGCAGAGCGGCUGUUGCAGCUGCGAGGUGUAGUUGGUGUGAUGUUCUGCCGGGGCAGGGUAUGGCUGAGGCCUGAGGUCUGGGAACAGUCUUGGCUGGAUAAUGAUUGCCAAGAACCAAGGUGACCAGCGCUGCCAGUACCAAACAGGGCUGGGACAAAGCGGCACGGGGAGCGUAGGAAUGUUUUCACUCGAUGGGACUGCGGGGGGGGGGGGGGGGGGCAUGCCUGCCCCGGGGCCUAGGGCUCGGGGAGGGCCUUCCCUCAACUGCUGCUUCCCACAGGACUGUUUCCAGAGCGCGGGCAAGCCCUCUCCCUGCGGGCGGGCAGCUUUCCUCUUGUGUAAAUACCUGUACAAAGAACUAAUCAAUAAAGCGCUGAAGGAAGGGCUGUCGCUCCUGCCUCUCAUUCCGCACCUCUCCCUCCGCCGCGGCGCUGACGGGCACCAGCCUCCCUCCCUCCCUGCACCGGCUCUGGGGCUCGCCCUUGCCCCGCAGCGGUGCUCUCCCCGGGGGCCGGGUCUGCCGCUCCUCCCUCUCAGCGGGCAGGGCCGGAGCUCCGCUCACCCCCGUCCCUCACGCCGCCAUCUUAGUGUGGGCGAGGCGCUGCGCGCUCCCGGCGUGCCCCGCGGCACCGGAAGUGACGCGAGCGGCGCGGGCGGAAGCGCUGAGGAGGCAGCGAGGAGGCAGCAUGGUGGCGGCGGGCGCCCACCGGCCCGGGCCGCUGAAGCAGCAGAACAAGGCGCACAAGGGCGGGAAGCACAGCGGGUCGUCGCAGCGCCGCGCUGGAGGCCGCGUCUCUGUCAAGGCCCAGCCCCGCCGGCGGCUCCGCGAUCUCAGCAGGGUGGACCGGCGGCACCAGGCGCUGCAGCUCCGCCGGCAGCGCAAGGAGGCGGUGCUGGCGGAGAAGCGGAGCUUGGGCAGCAGGGAUGGGCCCCCCCACCUCGUGGUUCUGGUGCCACUGCAUAGCAGGGCUGCAGCCCACGACACCCUCUGCUUGCUGCAGAGCCAGGACUCGGCUGUUGUCCGUGUGGAUGAGGGGAGAACUGGUGGCUUUGCGCUCCUUUGCCCCCGACUCAAGCAGCGCUGGCAUUUUGUGACAGCACAGGCAGGGGACCUUCACGCUGUCUUAGACCUAGCAAAGGUUGCUGACUCCCUCCUGUUCAUCCUGGAUCCUGCAGAUGGCUGGGACAGCGUGGGGGAGCACUGCCUCUCCUGCCUCUUUGCACAGGGGCUCCCCAGUUAUGCUCUUGCUGUCCCAGGGGGCACUGACUUGCCACCUAAGAAGCGGAUAGAUGCUAGGAAGAAACUUGCCAAAGCGAUUGAGAAGCGCUUUCCGGAGGCCAAGCUCUUCCCCCUGAACAUGGAGCAGGAGUCCUCGCUGCUGCUGAGGCACCUUGCCACCCAGAAGCAGCGGCAUCUCGCUUUUCGGGACAGGCGGGCUCACCUGCUCGCCUAUGCUGCUGAGUUUGUGCCCGGUCAGGAGAGUGACCUAGUUGGGACCUUGAAGGUGUCUGGCUUUGUCCGGGGACAGACCCUCGACGUGAACAGCCUGGUGCAUAUUGUGGGGCAUGGAGACUUCCAGAUGAGCCAGGUGGAUGCCCCCCCCGACCCCCUCUCUUUGAACCCCCGAGUGAUUAAAGGACAGAAGAGGAGUCAGGACAUGGAGGUACAGGAUGACUCUGUAAAUGGUACUGAUGAGAUGGAGGAAGAUGUUAAGGUCCUGAUGAAGGCAGAUCCAAACAAGCAGGAAUCUUUGCAGUCAGAAGUGGUUCCUGAUCCUAUGGAAGGGGAGCAGACAUGGCCUACUGAAGAAGAACUGCAAGAAGCAGAGGCUUCUCUGAAGGCAAACAGGAGACUGGUGAAGGUCCCCAAAGGCACAUCCAAGUACCAGGCUGCCUGGAUUGUGGAUGAUGGAGAAGGCGGCAGUGAGAAAGAUGAUGAUGAUGAUGAAGAGGAUGAUAUUGAUGAUGAUAUGAUGGAAGAGGCAGUUUCCCAGGAGGGGGAAAGCAGUGAGGAGGAAGAGGAACCUGCAGAGGAGGAGUGCGAGACUAUGACUGUUUCUGAGUGCUUGCGGGAUGACCAGUAUGAUGAGAAGGUGGAGGAAGAUGAACAGAUGCUGGAGAGAUACAAACAGGAGAGAAUGGAUGAAAUGUUUCCAGAUGAAGUGGACACGCCACGUGAUGUGCCUGCCAGAGUCCGGUUCCAGAAGUACAGGGGGCUGAAGAGCUUCCGGACUUCUCCGUGGGACCCCAAAGAGAAUCUCCCAAGGGAUUAUGCCAGGAUUUUCCAGUUCCAGGACUUCUCCCGAACCAGAAAGCACCUCUUCCGGCAAAUAGAGAAAGAGGAGACUGAAGGAGCCUUGGUUGGCUGGUAUGUUACACUUCAUGUCUGCAAUGUCCCUGUCUCAGUGAUGGAGAGCUUCAAAGGAGGGAAGCCCCUAGUCCUGUUCUCGCUACUUCCCCAUGAACAAAAGAUGUCCGUGUUGAAUUUCCUGGUGCGUCGGCAUCCGAGCAACAGCGAGCCAGUGAGGGCAAAGGAGGAACUGAUCUUUCACUGUGGGUUCAGACGCUUCCGAGCAUCCCCCCUGUUCUCCCAGCACACCUCAGCUGAUAAGCACAAGCUGGAGCGUUUCCUGCGCCCGGAUGCUGCCCUGGUGGUGACUGUUUACGCUCCCAUCACUUUCCCUCCUGCCUCAGUGCUUCUUUUUAAACAGAGAAGUAACGGAAUGCACGACCUCAUCGCCACGGGUUCUCUGCUUUCUGUGGACCCAGACAGAAUCGUUGUCAAGCGGCUGGUGCUCAGUGGCCAUCCUUUCAAGAUCUUUACCAAGACGGCUGUCGUGCGAUACAUGUUCUUUAACAGAGAGGAUGUGAUGUGGUUUAAGCCAGUGGAGCUGAGGACAAAAUGGGGUCGUAGAGGACACAUUAAGGAGCCAUUAGGGACCCAUGGUCACAUGAAAUGCCACUUUGAUGGACAGCUGAAGUCCCAGGAUACUGUGCUGCUGAACCUCUACAAGCGCGUUUUUCCUAAAUGGACUUAUGAUCCCCAUGUUCCAGAGCCCGUGCCGUGGGUGAGGAGUGAGAGUGCGCUGCCGGUGCAGGAGGUGGAAAUGGAAUAAGUCUCCAGCAUGGCUAAUGCAGUUUGUGCCUUAGCUCCCCGGAUGCUGUUCUCAGCCCGUGCACAGCAAGGACAGCACUGAUGUCUUGGACGUAUUACUGCUGGGGUCUGUACAGGGGCGGCUGUCUCACCAGCUGCUGCUCAGGUACCAGCUACAGCUAUUUAUUUUAAUGGAAAAUGUUUUAAAAAACA